AUGGCUCCAAAAAUAUCUUUCAAUCCGUACGAGGUGCUCGAAUUAGAGCGGGGAUGCUCUGAUAAAGAGUUGCAAAAAGCUUACAAGCAGCAAUGCUUACGAUGGCAUCCUGACAAAAAUUUAGGCAACAAAGAUGAAGCUCAAAAGAAGUUCAUUCUCGCUAAGGAGGCUUUCCAGUUCUUAUUCGACAAGACCAACAGGGAUGAAUACGAUCGAGAUUAUGAAAGGGCCAAAUACAGAGAGGCGAAUCAGAGAGCUCGCAUGGAGAAGGCUGAUAGUACUAGGAGGAAGCUAAUAGAUGAACUACACCAAAGAGAAAAGGCGUUUGCUGAAAAACGUCAUACCGAUGAGCAUCUCACACCUGCUCAGCUGCAUCACAAGCGAAGAGAAGAGGUAUUUAAUGUAAUUUCAAUAGAAAAUGUAAUUCUAAGACGCUGA